GUCGCUCCAACGCUGUGUCUCAACUUUCAUCACCACCACCACACCACCAGUACCACCACCAUGUCGCCAUUCAGCACGGGAAACGUCGUGCUCAUGGCCACGCCGACGGUGCUCUCGGCCGCGGUGGAGCACUGUGCGUCCUGGCCGGCGCGGCACGCAAAGCCAAAGGACGCCGAGGCACUCGCCGGGUCGCCAGUCGGCAUCAAUGACCUGCCCGUCAACCAGCUGCGGUACGACGCAGGAGUCAAGGUCAUCCGGCGGUUCCUCGAUUACUCGAUGGCGCACCCCGUAGAGGAGGUGCAGAGCUUCUCGGGGCAGGAGGUGCCCGACUCGCACGGCGGCUGGCACAAGGAGUGGGUCGGGAUUCCCGAGGCGACGAUCGAGCGCGCCGCCGGCCUCGUGGCGGACCACCUGCGGACGUACACCCGCGACGGGGACCUCGUGGGCCUCGUCGGCGGGGACAAGUGGUGGCAGGUGCGCGGGCGCGAGCUCGAGGCCGAGUGGCUAGAGGUGAGGUCGAGAGUAAAACCCACGGCUGAUGCCAAGCCGAAAGACUACACCGAGCGCGUGAAGCAGUCACACGCGACCCGGGCAAACGCGUCGCCCGCAGCCAGCAACAGCAGCAGCAGCCGGCGCGGGGCUAGCAGGCGCAUGUCGUGGCAUGGCUUCGAGCACCUCCUCCACCGCACGCGCAGACCAGUCAAGGACGGGUCGGGGGCCGAUGUGUGCGGUGACCGGGUCUUGUUCUACGUCCACGGCGGCGCAUUCUUCUUCUCCAGCGUCAACCUCCACCGGUACCAGAUCCAGAAGCACGCCAAGAAAGCGGGCGCGCGGGCGUUCACCCCAAACUACCGCCUUGCGCCGCAGUACCCCUUCCCCUGCGCCCUGCUCGACACGCUCGCAGCGUACCUAUACCUCAUUGACCCGCCGGCCGACUCGCCACAGGCGCCGGUCCCCCCCUCGUCAAUCAUCAUGAUGGGCGACUCGGCAGGCGCAAACCUCAUCGUCGCCCUGCUGGUCACCAUGCGCGAGACGGGGGUUCCGCUGCCCGCGGCCGCCAACCUCGUGUCGGCGUGGUGCGACCUCACGCACAGCAUGCCGAGCAUCAACGAGUGGGGCGGGGGCGACCAUAUCAUCAAUGUUGGGUACGUGCGCCCCCGGGGCACGGCUGACGCCAGGUUCCACUUCAAGCCCAGUCUUGCGUGGCCCCCAUUGCCUGGCGACGGGAUAACCAUCACCGAUGAGAAGGGCGAGGAGCAGCAUCUCGACGAGCAGAUCCACCAGUACUGCACGAACAAGCUCAUCACACAUCCCCUCGUGUCGGUCAUCAACUCGGGGUCCCUGGGUGGGCUGUGUCCACUGUACUUUUCUGCCGGCGGCGCCGAGCUCCUCCGCGACGAGAUCAUCUACCUCGCGCACAAGGCGGCGAACCCAACCAAGUACCCGCCAUCAUCGCACACGCUAGCAGAGUACCCAAGCCUCGCGGCCCAGGUGGACAAGUACCCGCCCACACACGUCGUUCUGCAGGUCUUCGAAGGCGCGUGCCACGUAGCGCCAACAUUGGCAUGGACACGGACUGCGCGGCUCAUCAUCCGCGGCAGUGCCAACUUCAACAUCUGGGCAUACAAGUACGCGUCGAAGAAGAAAAUCGACGCGAGCCCGCAGGGUAUCCACGAUGCGCUGUGCGAAGACCUUGCGUCCCCGCCGCGCUCCGCCACGUCCGAGGCGUUUCGUGAUCUGCCACCAGCGAUAGCCGUGGGGAUGGAGCGCGCAGCGUCAUCUCCCGCUACUACCAGCAGCUCGUUAUCAUCAGGCCCAACGACCCCGGGAGAGCCAGCGCCACCGAAGGGGCACGCCGUCAUGGUGAUCGAGGGCACUCAGCCUAAGUGGGCCGGGCGAACGAUCCUUGCGGAACGCGUGAGCGCGCACGGCGUGAUAUCAGCCUUCGAGCCCGAGUCCAAGGUCGCUGCGCUCAAUACAACCCUUAAAGAGAAGAUAGGCUUCAUCCGCGCGGGUGGGCCGAUAGAUAACUGGAUCACCAAGCGCACGGAGUGGGAUGCGCGCUUCCCGAAAGAGCUGGCCCAUUUCCGCGGCGUACGCGAAGCCGACUAUGCCCGCGCGAAAGCGACAGGAUUCCUCACGCGCUCGCUGCAAUCCGAGUCGCCGCCUCGGUGUGCCCUCGUCGCGCUGAGUGACUUUGAGCUCGCGCACAAGGUCGCCAAGAGCGUCGACGCGCCGAUUGGCAAGGGCAAGCACGCCGUCGCGCUGUGGGCUAAGCUCGCUGAGCGGAACGGCGAUGGGAAUGGCGAGAGCGAGGCGGAGGGGGGUGCGAGCCACUGCUGUAGGAGGGGGUCGAAGCGGGGGUCUAAGAAGGCACCGGUAGAGGCUGCUGAGAAGGAGGUGCGGGAGGAGAAAGUGGCGGAGGCCGCGCCUCAGCAGGACGUGACACCGCCGUCGCCGCCGCCUCAGGCCCUCCCCCUCCAGCGCCCAGCAUUACCGAUCGCCGUGGCGUAGCUUCAUAAUUAUACGCUAGUACACUAGUAGACUAUCAUAAUCGUAGCCAUUGCAUUGUGUCGUGAGCGCUCGCACAGGAGAGCAGGAGCGACGGCGGUUGCCACACGGGUCGACCGCCACGUGACCACCGCCGCCUCCUCAUACCCCGCCAAAUCGCACCGACGUCAUCGACUUUCCUUGGCGGAGUCGGAAGCCACCCUGAGCCUCAGGCCCAGGUCGGCGGUUCGACUCCCACUCAAGGCGCGGUGACCGAGUGGCCUAAGGUGGCA